ACCAGGGCGGGGGCGGGGCUCCGGGACGCCUGCGCUUGCGCCUGUGGUCCAGGAUGGGCUGGCAGCGGGUCCCAGUCUGCAGGCUGGUUCUUCGGGUGGCCGGCGAUGGUUGGUUGGACUGAGACCGGCCCGGCCGGGUUGCAGAGCUGGCGGGGGUGGCAGUGAGCGGCGGCGGAGGCUGCGGGGUUCCAUUUGGCUGACUGGGGAGUCGGCAGGCGGCAGGAGCCAUGCGGGGCCAGCGGAGCCUGCUGCUGGGCCCUGCCCGCCUCUGCCUGCGCCUGCUUCUGCUCCUGGGCUACAGGCGCCGCUGCCCACCUCUGCUCCGGGGCCUGGUACAGCGCUGGCGCUAUGGCAAGGUCUGCCUGCGCUCCCUGCUCUACAACUCCUUUGGGGGCAGUGACACCGCUGUUGAUGCUGCCUUUGAGCCUAUCUACUGGCUGGUGGACAACGUGAUCCGCUGGUGUGGGGUGGUGUUCGUGGUGUUGGUGAUUGUGCUGACCAGCUCCAUCGUGGCCAUCGCUUACCUGUGUGUCCUGCCUCUCAUCCUCCGAACAUACUCAGUGCCACGGCUCUGCUGGCACUUCUUCUACAGCCACUGGAAUCUGAUCCUUAUCGUCUUCCAUUACUACCAGGCCAUCACCACUCCACCUGGAUACCCACCCCAGGGCAGGAAUGAUAUUGCAACAGUCUCCAUCUGUAAGAAGUGCAUUUACCCCAAGCCGGCCCGAACACACCACUGCAGCAUCUGCAAUAGGUGUGUGCUGAAGAUGGAUCAUCACUGCCCCUGGCUAAACAACUGUGUGGGCCACUAUAACCAUCGGUACUUCUUCUCUUUCUGCUUUUUCAUGACUCUGGGGUGUGUCUACUGCAGCUAUGGAAGUUGGGACCUUUUCCGGGAAGCUUAUGCUGCCAUCGAGAAAAUGAAACAGCUCGACAAGAACAAACUACAGGCGGUUGCCAACCAGACAUAUCAUCAGACUCCACCACCCAGCUUCUCCUUCCGAGAAAGAGUGACUCACAAGAGUCUUGUCUACCUCUGGUUCCUGUGCAGUUCUGUAGCACUUGCCUUGGGUGCCCUAACUAUUUGGCACGCUGUUCUCAUCAGUCGAGGUGAAACUAGUAUCGAAAGGCACAUCAACAAGAAGGAGAGACGUCGGCUGCAGGCCAAGGGCAGAGUUUUUAGGAAUCAUUACAACUACGGCUGCUUGGACAACUGGAAGGUAUUCCUGGGUGUGGACACACGAAGGCCCUCAAGGCACCAGAGGACAAACUGGACAGAUCAGAACUUUUGUUACCUUUGGGAUUAAUGCCAAGGCACUGGCUGACUCGGGUGCUGUUACCUUCCAGUCACCUGCCCCAUGGGAAUGGAAUGAGCUGGGACCCCCCUCCCUGGGUGACUGCUCACUCAGCCUCUGUGAUGGCGGUGUGAGCUGGAUGUGUCAGCCACAACUUGAGCACCACUCUGCUUCCUGCAUGGUCUCAACGGCCUCCAAGGAUAGCUUCUUGGAAUCCUUGGGCAAAAAGAAUCAGUGGGCCUGCCUUAGAGUAUCAUGCAGGGACAACUCAAGGACCAGUCUCUUGGCCACUGCAUAAACAAGGCAUGAUGUGGAAAAAUUCUAGGACUGAUGUCUCUUUACUCAGCUCAGGCAAACUGAAGUUCCAGCCCCAGACUGGAGAUUAGGCAGCUAGCAACCUUGCCAGGUGCUGACCCCGACCUCCUCCAGGUUCCAGCACUGGGGUUGGCCACCACCUCUUCCACUUGCUAUUUGAGAAAACACCUGAACAGUAGAGCGGAGAUUCUGGCUUCUCAACAGGGCAAGACACCAGGCCUACUGCUGAGGUCACUGCCACUUCUCAUAUGCUGCUGAAGGUGAAGAAUAAAGGUAUUUGAUUUUUAAACAUA